AUGUCAAACAGAAUUGCAGAAAAUGCAUCUGAAAUGCAUCGAAAGAAGCGCGUCAGCAGUAGAAACGACAGAGAGAAGCUAUGCUGGUGGUUGGGAAAGUCGCCUAAACAAAUAAGAAAGCGGCUGAAAGCUGGUCUGGGCAAAAAAUCAACCAGAACUAGUAGUACUGUAGCUUCAUCUCUUCCAACUCAAAUUAGCCCUGGUUAUUUAUCAGCGUAUGAGUUCGCUGAGGUUAUCGGUGAAAAAGAUUUUUUCGCUGAAAAUCUACUUUUCGACUGUCGCUGGGAAAGCUCUUCCAGUUCCCUACUUCACACUCAUUCAAUUCUCAAUGCAAUUCGUGUAAAUCAUCUGUAUAAUGUUCACGUGCCUACAACCUACUGGGAAUCAUUGUUGAAAUCCAGGAUAAAUUUUAGUCGACAGCAACCGCCAUCAGAAAAACAAAUUCUCAUCAUUCUCAUUGUGGAUAAAACCAACUCACCUUGGAAGACACGAAUUCAACAGACACUUCAGCACUUAGUGAACAAACUCACUGAAGAAAAUGCUUCAGAGAGUCUACAUGAGUCAUCUUCAAAGCCUGGCACUCUAGGCUAUUUCAAAUAUUUUGAAAUUCUCAUAUCAGAAAUUACAAACGAUUUGCCCUGGUUAUUAAAUCCUAAAAUGUACUCAAAUGGACAAAAUAUCCUGGAGCUAAGACCUCCACUGUCGACUUUAAACAAUCGCUUAUGGUACCUAGAGCCACACAGCUGGAUACACCUCUCCGAAUUCUCUCCAUCCUAUAUCACUUCAUUGAUCAAUAAUAAAAGCAUUGACUGCAUCCUUGUAAUUACCUACAAUCUACAGAAAGAUCUGUGCCGUGUUGCUUCACUGAAAUUAAGGAUACCCUAUUUGCUUGUUGAUACAGCUAGUAUACUAAACGAGUGUAAAGUCCUCUCGAAAUUUGAACAGAUAUUAAAUUUCCUCAAUAAUCCAAUCGAGUACAUCAGACAAGGAUCUAAUUUCAAAACUUUUUCACCAUUUUCUGAAGCGUUUUGUUCCGCAGAUAACCAGACAUGCGCUAAUAAUAUCCUGAUCACAGGCUCCAAUGCACCAGCGUGUUUAACUAUUCUUGCUGGACUAGUCAUGAUCACAUGUCCGUGUCAGCUGAAUGCAGCUAUUGAGCAAUUUUCCUCUUACCAUGACUAUUCAAGUCAGUUGACUGAAGAAUAUUUGAAAAUAUUAACAUUACUGAAUAAUUAUCUAUUGAAUUCAGCCCAAAAAAGCAAUAAAAAAGAUUUAGGAAGACUGAAACAUUGUCGCCUUUCUAGUCGUAUGCAUGAAGGGCGAAUUUCAUCAAAUCGUCCAGUGUUGAACCCUGAAGAUCAUCAGUCUGAUAGCAAAGAAGGAAAGGGGUUGGCAGAAGAAGAAAAGGUUGAUAACCAGCAACAAGAUAAUGUUAUCCCGUUUCGUCUUCCCAGUCCUGAUGUCAUCAGUGAAGAAAUGAUGCAUCAAUUAGAGCAAUUCAAAAUCAGGGCUUAA